ACUGGUCUCUGCCGCGGCACCCAUAACAACAAAAAUUCGGAAUUGUAUUCAGAAAGGUAGUUCCCAUAUUCGCAAUUUUUUAAAACAAAAGCUGUCGGAAGGCAAGUCCGCAAAUUUAAAUAAAAUAUUGUGCUCCAGUGCCAGUCGGUAUUAUUCAUAGAGUUUCUGUACCCUGACGCCACUGAGCCGCACCGUUGCGGGCUGUCUGUUUUUUGUUUGUCUAUAAGAAAAUCUGAAUCUGAAUCUGAGUCGUCGCGUCGUUACCGAAACGCAAACGAAACGAAAGAAAACGAGAAUGCAGUUGAAAAAUAAGAAUAAAGCGAUAAUAAGGCAAAAGAAUAACAGUUAAACACACAGCUAACUGUUGUCUGGCCAACGAAAAAAAGGAGUGCGAAAAGUGCGCGAGAAAAAUCACCGAAAACCGAAGAAGUGCAAGGAGGAGAGGAGGCAAAAAGUGUACGGUUCGGAUUUCGAGUAGAAAAGCGAAUAAUUUUAUGCAAUUUUCAAAGGCAAACAGAAAUUAAGCGUCUGUCUGCCAUGCCAGUGUAUGUGUGUGUGCGUGUCCCAUGUCUGUGAGUGUAUAACAAAAGCAAAAACAACAACAACUACAGGAGAGGAAAAGGAAAGGAUCAACGGUGCCGCGCCGCUGGGGUAGUUUGUUUGAACAACAGAGACCAUCCAACCAGGAGGCGGAAGGAGAGUGGGAGGAAAAGCAAGGAGCAGGAGCAGCAGUUGAGAGGGCUGGCUGGGAGAGCGCGGAGCACACACACUCGCGCACUCACACGAGCACACACUCCUUUGUGCGCUUUUGCCGCCUGGAAUGCAAUGCUACAACAACAACCACAGGAUGGUCCAAAGGGGAGGAAACGCUUAAUUGUUUGCAGCAGCAGCAGCGGCAGCAUCCCGAAAUCGCAAACAAACGACUGCAUUUACGGCUCCGUGGGAUACUUUUUUGUGUGCUGAAAGCAGAUGCACGUCGGCUGCUUGGAGAGUGCAUUAUCAGCUUGGCGUUUCCAAUCAAAAUGAAACAAAAAGUAAUCGAGUAAAUAGUCUACAAAAUCUGUACAAAAUCGAGCGAAGAACUGAACGAAUAACGAAAUCCGAAAUUCGAUCGACCUAACCAUAUCGAGAGCAAAAGAGUCAAAUAUUACUAAGGAAAAAUGGAUCUAAGUCUGGAACGCGAUAGCUCUGCUCUGGGUAGUCUGUUCCAACAGAUUAUCAAUGACAUGAAGAAUACUUCUCCACUGUGGGACGAUUUCGUGGCAAAGGCCAGCAAAUUACACACAUGCUUGAGGGCUGCCAUACAGGCAAUUGCCGCCUAUUUGGAUGCCUUCCAGAAGAUAGCCGAUGCGGCCACCAAUUCCAGAGGUAAGUUUAAACAGUGGGAAAUUGGCACCGCCCUGACGCGCGUUUGUCUGCGCCACAAGGCGGUGGAGACGCGCCUGAAGACCUUCACCAGCGCCAUUAUGGAUUGUCUGGUGCAGCCGCUGCAGGAUAAGAUCGAGGACUGGAAGCGCACCGUGGCCACCAUCGACAAGGAUCAUGCCAAAGAGUAUAAGCGCUGCCGCAGCGAGCUGAAGAAGCGCUCCAGCGACACGCUGCGGCUGCAGAAGAAGGCGCGCAAGGGUCAAACCGAUGGCCUGCAGUCGCUGAUGGACUCCCACAUGCAGGACGUAACGCUGCGCCGCGCCGAGCUGGAGGAGGUCGAGAAGCGUUCACUGCGCGCGGCCAUGGUGGAGGAGCGACUGCGUUACUGCAGCUUUGUGCACAUGCUGCAGCCGGUGGUGCACGAGGAGUGCGAAGUGAUGUCCGAGUUGGGGCAUUUGCAGGAGGCCAUGCAGUCCAUUGCUUUGGUCACCAAGGAGCCGAGUGUGCUGCCGCAAGCCUCCGAGGAGCUCAUACACGAUGCCAAGGCCAGCAUUAAUCUGUACCCAGAGUCCCCCGGCGGUGGUUCCGGCUCACAGGGCGGCGGCUGCUCCAACUCCUUGGGCUCCAGAAAGAGCUCCGUGUGCUCCAUUAGCAGCAUGAAUAGCAGCGGCUCCAGCAACUCGCCGGGACAUCAUCACUAUCCACGCUCCCUGUCGCAGGCCUCCAAUGCAACGAAUCAAACGGCAAAUGUCUCCACUUGGCCGCCACAUUCCCAGGACGCGGUGGACACACUGCCACCCACGGCCGAUCGACCGCACACCAUUUCCACGGCCUACGAGAAGGGUCAUCAGCGUCCACCGUUGACAGUCUACACGUUCCAGAACCCAGAGACCAUACACGAGUCCGGCAGCGGCAGCAUCAACAAUGGCUCGGUGGCCUCAUCCAAUGGACAGCCAGCAUCGGGCCAGAGCACGCCGGCCACACAGAAGUCACCAGCGGCCUCGUUGAGUCGUCCGCCAUUGCCAGUUCGCUGCUCAUCGCUGGAGCGUCCGUUGUCCGCGCAGAGCAAUCAUCGCCAGGGCGGUGGCAGCGGCGGCGGCGGCGGUGGCGUUGGACUGCUGCAGCGUCAGUGCCCCUCACCGAUACCAGCUCAUAUCACGAAAGAGCUGUCCGCAGCACAUCAUGCACAGCAGCAACAGCAGCAGCAGCAGCAGCUCCAACAGCAGCAGAGUCCGCCCACCUACGUUAACAUGUCCGAACUGGCCAACAUGGCGGCCUUGAAGCUCACUAACCACCAGCAACAGCAGCAGCAGCAGCAGCAGCAACAGAAGCCAGCGCCACUGCAGCAGCAGAGUUCCAUUGAUUCGAUCUGCUCGCAGCAUUCCAACGACUCCUCGGGCUCACAUCAGCUGCUCCAGCAGCAGCAGCAGCAACAGCAAACGCCUCUUGCUGCCCAGCACCUUGCCAGCACACGCUCCCAUUCCAUAUCCUCGACGGCAUCGUCGCUGCACUCGCAUCCAUCGAUCGAUUCGACGGUCGCUUGCGGCUCCCUUGUGGGCCAGCAUACACACAGCACCAGCACCAAUACGAACACCACCUCGCCGUCCAGUGGCUGCUCCACGCCACAGAACCAUUACUCGCCACUGUUAACCAACUCACCCACAUCCACUGCCGCAGGUACGCCCAGCGGCAGCAGCAUUAGCACCGGCACCGGCACCGGUCUGGGCUUUGUCUAUCAAGUCAGCUCACCCACGCCGCCAACCAGCGAGGUGCAGCAGGUGCUGAAGAUCACUGAGCAGCAGCAGCAGCAGGCACAGCAGGCGGCCGAGGACACAGACGAGCGUUCGCGUGCCUCUGUGCUGCAAAAGGCUUCCAUGUUCGAGAAGCAAGCGGCAGCUGUGGCCGCAGCAGCGGGCAGUGUGUCGCCACCAGUGCCGCUUACGGCUGCAGCCCCAUCGACAGUUGUGGCACCCAAACGAUCCGAGGCCGAGCAACAGGAAAUGGACUCGUUCCAACGUGAGAUCGAUGAGGGCAAGGGCAAGCAGAACAGCAGCAGCAGCAGCAACACCAACAGCAACAACAACCUGACAACAACGAGUAGCAGCAGCAGCAGCGAGAACAACAACAUGCUGCCCACGUGCAUCACCAGCAUCACGAGCACCUCCAACAUCGAGCUGUGCGGCAUCAGCAAUCAGACAAACUCCAGCGGCUGUGGCACAGACAUUUCGGACACCACCUCGGAGGAGCUCGCCGGCGAGACGGAACCCACGCGGCGAGAGCGAGAGCUGCUGGGCGCCAGCGAUUCGGAGCUGAGUCGCUGCUAUGUGAGCGAGACGAGUUCGCUGACCGGCGGCCUCACCGCAGGCGGCUACGAGAAUCCCACAUUCGCUCACUUUGUGGCGAGUGCGAGCCGCGACGAUCCCUACAACGGGGGCUCGGGCAGCGAGGGCCGCUCGCUGUAUGCGCCCGCGUCCGUGUGCGUGUCCGCGGACAGCAUCUCGCUGGCCGCCUCCGACAGCAUUUGCCUGUCGGGCCAGCCGCGGCACGCCUACGUGGACACCUGCAGUGACAGCGGCAGCGCCGUCGUGGUGAUCUACGACCAUCAGAUACCCAACACGCCGGACAUUGAGUUUGUCAAGCAGAACUCGGAGAUUGUGCUGCUGCGCACCAAGGACCCUCAGGUGCAGUCACAGCUGCAGCUGCACGAGCUGCGGGAGUUGCAGCAGUUGCCCUCGAACCUCCUAGCCGGAUCCCCGGACUCGCCGGACUCCUCGGGCAGUGGGAAGACGCCCGCGUCGGCAACAGCAACUGUGGCGCCCGCCAAGCAGCGACUCUCCUCGUUUCGCGCCUCCAGCGAGCAGCAGCUACAGCUGCUCGGACGCGGCAGUCCACAAAGAGGUAAAGCAAAACAGCAGCAGUCGACCCAGCAGCAGCAGCAACAGCAGCAGCAGCAGCCGGCACAGGGUACAACAGUCAGUGAUAGCGAUAGCCAGGCAACAGUAGAGCCUCCUGUGAUGCGGCGACAGCUGCCCCCAAAGCCCAACAGCCUCAGCCUGAGCCUUUUCAAUGGUGCGGCUGCAGGUGCGGUUGGGGCUGCGGUUCAGCCUCCCAGUGUAGCCGACAAGCCAUUGAUACCCCGCAAGUCAGACUUUAAGGCUGAUUUAGAUGCCAAAAUACGCAAGCAGAAGCAGAAGAUUCAACAGCAAUUAUUGCAGCAGCAGCAGCAGCAAGAGCAACAGCAGCAGCCGCAACAACACUCACCACAGUCGCCCCCAAACCGAAACUGUAAUGUCACUAAUAGCCCAGCGGCUGGCAUUGUUAUUGCAUCCGCAUCAGAAUACCAAAACCAUAAUCAUAGUAUGCCAAGCCAAAAGAUGCCGCCAACAGCAGCAACUCCAUCUGCAUUAACAUCAUUGUCAGCUCGCGGCUCAUCAUCAUCAUCAUUAUUACCAUCAACUGCAUCUGCAUCCACAUCGAUAUCAUCAAGUGCUCCUGCUACGCUCCUGCCCGUUACGCCGCCACCACCACCACCACCCGCCCAUCCAUAUGUGUGCUCCCCAGCCAAUACGAAUUCCAUUGCCAAUGCCAAUGCCAGUCUCAAGCCGUGCAUUACGCCCCGGCCGGCCUCGCUGUCGGGAGGAGGAGGAGGUGCAGGAGGAGGAGGAGCAGGUGGCAGCUCAACGCGCAUCGCACGUCGUUCGUCCAUCAAUCAGGCAAAGCCACCGCCGCCAGUGCGACGCAGCUCCUCGGUGACGCCCAGCCCGAAUGCAGCAGCAGUGGGGCACGCGACGCAACAGCAGCAGCAGCAGCAUAACCCACAGCUAAGCUGCUCCAGCGAGCAUCUACCACCGCCGCCCGCCUUUAUGCUGGAGUCCAUGUCCAGCUGCACACCACCAGCCGCGGCCUCGGCCAUGCCCAACUCCGCGCUGAAGGUGUCCGAGACGGUGCGCGCUCUGGCAGCCAUGCGGCAUCAGCCAGCGUCGCCGGGCACGCUGCGCAGGAUACAGCAGCAGCAGCAGCAACAGCAACAGCAGCAACAUUUGCAACAGCAACAUUUGCAGCAGCAACAUCAACCCCUACUGCAGUCCGUGCACAACUCACCCAUGAAUGAAGACCUAAGCUAUGAGGCCUACUAUGACUCGUAUAUGGAUCUGCAGGCGUAUGCUCAUGCCUUGGCCAAUGGCCAACAGCAGCAGCAAAUGCCAGCACGCUUUAAUCAACAGCAGCAGCAGCAGCAGCAGCAGCAGCAGCAGCAAUAUUACUACUCACAGCAGCAGCAACAUGUGCCACAGAAGCCACCAACGCCGCCUGUGUACCAUGCACCACCAGCGCCAGCGCCAGCGCCAGCACCAGCACCAGCAGCGGAUGCCACGUUCCGCACCUCAUCACCAGCCGCAGGAGGAGGCGGCGGCGGUGGCGGUGGCAUCUAUGCCCAGCCCAAGCUGGUCAACAACAUGUCCAGCUUUCGCACGAGCAGCCCCAGUCCCAACGGACAUGGACAUGGGCAUGCGCACCCACUGCCACCGACACAGCCCAAGGCGAAUCCGAAUCUAAUUGCACAGCUCAAUGCGAGAAUCAACAGCAAGCAGCAGCAGCACCAGCAACACCAGCACCAGCAGCAGCAACAUGUCAACGAGGGCAUCUAUGGCAAUCAGCAGCAGCCAGGAGGAGGCGAGUCCAUCUACACGCGCAGCGGCCUGUCCAUGUCCCAACAGCAGCCGCAACAGCAGCAAAACUAUGACGGUAAAUCAGAGCACCAACAGCAGCAGCAGCAGCAUAGAAUUUACGCUAGUUACGGCACCUCAUCGUCAAAUCCAUCAACAGCUGCCGCUUUGGCCAGCAACAGCAUUCAGGCAGCAUCCAUUCUAACAUCAGCCACCUCAUUCAAUGCAUUGCCGCACUUUCCUCUGUCUUCAUCCACAUCAUCGUUGCUCUCCAAAGUCAGUUCAUUCUCAAAUUCCACAGCAGCCGCAGCAGCGGCAUCUGCCUCGGCAGCUGUGGCCUCACACUAUCAGCCGCCACAAGCGCCGUUGGCAGCCGCAGCUAGCAGCAAAGAUUUUGGCAACUAUUCAAGUUCGUUUAAUAAAAAUUCAGCAGCAGCUGCCACAAGCUCGAACAUGCGACAGGCACAACAGCAACAGCAGCAGCAGCAGCAGUACCAACAGCAGCAGCAGCAACAUUAUACGUGUCCGCCUCCGCUGGAGGAUCCACCACCGCCGCCCAUUUACAGUGCCGGAGCAUCGGCCACAAUGCCCAAGAAGCUGGCACGCCCCCAUGCGGCACAGAGUGCGGCAGCCGCACAGCUGAGCGCCUAUGCGGCAGGCUCGGCAACGGCAACGCUGCCCAAGAAUAUGAUGCAGCAGCAGCAACGUUUGCAGCAGCAGCAGCAGCAGCUACAACAGCAACAGCAAUAUCAACAGCCUCUAGGCAUGGGCAAUGGAAAUGGUCAUGCGAAUCAGCGUCCGCAGUUGCCGCUACCCCAGCAGCAGAAGCUGCGAGCUGCACAGCAGCAACAUUUGGUCGAGCAGCAGCAGCAGCAACGACAGCCACCCAUACCGUCACGGCACUCGAGUGUGCAGCAAAAGAUAUUCGUGUCAACGAAUCCAUUCAUACAAACGACAGCCGUCAAGUUUCAUUCGCCCUCAGCAUCGCCCACUUGCGGCUCGCCUGUAACUGGAGCUGGGUCGGGCUCUGGAGCCGCGGCUAGUAUUUAUGCCACAACGGCGCGUGGCAGUCAUCACCAGCAGCAGCAGCAGCAACUGCAGCAGCAGCAGCAGUACCAGCAGCAACUGCAACAGCAACAACAUUAUUAUCGCGAUGCUGCUGCUGGCAACAGCAAUGGCGGCGCUGCAUACUACAAUCACAACAAUGCCCAUGGCCAUGGCCAUGCCAAUUCGAAUGCCCAUGCCCACGCCCACGCCCACGCCCACAUGUCCCAUGCCCAGGCACAUCAUCCAAACUAUGCCACAAGCACAAAUAUCGAAAAGACUGGCAGCAUACGGGCCAAGACCAAGGCCGAAUUUCUCGAGAAUCUCAAUGCGAAAUUGGCCAAGCAGGGCAUGUCCGGCCGUGCAUUUGCCGUGCGAAAUCUCAUCAAUAGCAAAGCGCUGCCGGAUCCACGCAUUUGUCACGAGUCGCUGAUGGAUCAAAUAAAACGCGGAGCACCCUUGAAGCGUAAUCAGAAGAUCAACGAUCGCAGCGCUCCUAAAAUACAUUAAAAAUUAAUCGUUAGUCGUUAAGCAAAACUAAUAUUAUUUAUUACUAUGAUUAACAUAUGAAAUAAUCAGAAGAAAACGGAGGGAGGCCCAGUGGCCUGCUCGAUUGCAGGCUACUCUGCAGAGUUUUGGUUUGAAACUGAAAGCUCGUCACACACACAUAUGAUUACGUUACACACUAUCAACUAUAAACUCUAAAGUAUAAACAAUACAUAUAAUGAAAGAUAUUUAGCCACACACUUGAAACUAAUCAAAUAACAAUACAUAACUGAUUUUUCCAUCUACCCAAAAAGCGGGAAAUUCUUUAUGCUUUUUUCGACAAAACAAAAAGUGGAAGACAGUUGGUUAGACUUUUCAUCGUUUAUUUAUAAUUCAAACUCGAAUUUAACUUUAAUAUAACAUUUACCUAUUAUGUUUAUGUCUUUAUCAUAAUUUCCUUUGUUUAUGUACAUACCAUAUAUAUCGUAUAUCUGAUUAUGAUUUGAAGAAACAAUCACUGGAAACACUAAUCUGACGCCUAAAUAAAUGGAAUAUAUUCUUACUUAGCUGUUUUGAGUUUGUAUUUAUUUCCAACUGCUUGUCAAUUGGCAUGGGUCUGAGCAUAUUUAACAAAACAAUUUAUACAACAAAUAUAUACACUACCGUUUAGGUCGUAGCUCUUAGAUAUAAUAUUGAUAUAUGUACUUGAAAUCCCACUGCAACUUGUACUGCGUUUAAUCGUAAGAAAUUGAACUUGCUUUUCACUUAUCCAUACAAAAGCCAAUUACUGCCAAGUGGAGAGUGGAAAAAAUCGUUCCCAAUCUGUCGCUCCAUAUCAAACUUAACAUUUUCCAUUGGACUGAUUCUUGUACUGUCAUUUAAAAUGCAUAGCCAGCCGCUUAGACUACUAGAGGCUGCAGUUUCCCACUGUAAGAUGUAUAAUAGAAACACAAAUAUCAUUUACGUUCAUAUCAGACACAAAUCGGCAGAAGCAUAUUUCGGUUUUAACUCAAGACAUUUACUACCCAGAAACUAUGGAAAACUUUUUACUAGAUACCCAAAAGAUCACUCUAACAUCUGCUCUAGCUCGUAGACUUUUUAAAUAUUUACAAAAUAUUUUGUAUAUACGCUUUUUAAGGCUUCACCAAUCGAUCCAUGGAUAAUUGGCAUUAAACUCGUAAC